CGUUCAAAGCCAGAACAGUUGUUUUGUACUUGGCAGUGUGAAUCCGUGCAUCUUCCUGUUCCACCUUUCGGUAAUUGUUUCGAGGAAUUUUAUUCAAAUCGUUACAAAAUCGUUUGACUACUGGAAUACAUUAUCGGACUAAAUUGCAGAUUUUGCUUCAGGCUAAAAAAGAAAGGUGUCGCUGUUGACCACGUCUAAAACUUCAAACUGUGUGUCAGUGCGCCCACGUGAUGGGGAAGAGCCUGCGUCUCAAGGCCAUUUUCAAAUUUCAUUGGUGAGAGUGUCAUGUGGUUGCAGAGAGACUCUCUGGGUUAUACAGGGAUUGUUUUGCUAGAUAUGUCAGCUUACAGAGGACACUUCUCUGCUUCUUAAAAACAAAUUACUCUCCAAAAUGUCCUUUCCCAACAGCUCUCCUGCUGCAAACACGUUUUUGGUAGAUUCCUUGAUUGGGGCGUGCAGAACAGAUUUUUAUUCCAGCAGUAACAUGUACAUGCCAGCCACUGCAGAAAUGGGAACCUAUGGAAUGCAAACCUGUGGACUCCUGCCGUCUCUUGGCAAACGGGGGGAAGUAAACCACCAAAACAUGGGCAUGAACGUCCACUCGUACAUACCUCAAACUGAUAACUGGGCAGAUCCAAGCAGGUCCUGCCGAUUAGAGCAACCGCUCAACCAGAUGUCCACCUGCACAUUUUCACAAAGCAUAAAAGAAGAAACUAACUGUUGUAUGUACUCCGACAAGAGAGCAAAGGUCAGUUCGUCCGAGAUACCCGCGUACUCCAACCUGAUUCCCGAGACAUGUUCCGUUGACAGUCCAGAGAUUCCGGUCCCUGGCUAUUUUAGACUAAGUCAAACUUAUGCGACGGCGAAAAACCCGGACUAUGACAACGAGACGAUGAGCCCGAGCGCUACGUUAAUGCAGCUGAACAGAGUGACUCCAAAGUCGCAGUCAACGCCCUUUGUCGAGGUGGAAAAGAAGCUUCCGCACGAUCGGGACACAAGGAGCUCUUCCCCGGCGCAGAGUCCAGAGCCCAAAGGCAGCACGCUGGAGGAGAAGAAUUGCUCAACUGAGGCGUCUGUCUCCAGCCCUGAAUUGCCACACAGAGAAGGCAAAGAAUCUAAAAACGACACACCGACGAGCAACUGGUUAACGGCGAAGAGUGGAAGGAAAAAACGAUGUCCAUACACAAAACACCAGACCUUGGAAUUAGAAAAAGAGUUUUUAUUCAACAUGUACCUGACUCGGGAGCGCCGUCUAGAGAUAAGCAAAAGCGUCAACCUAACUGACAGACAAGUGAAAAUCUGGUUCCAAAACCGCAGGAUGAAACUUAAGAAGAUGAGUCGAGAAAAUCGUAUUCGUGAACUCACAUCCAAUCUCACUUUUUCGUGAGCAUGCAAGCAAGUGCAUUUCAAAAACUUACCUCCCCGUUUCGGUCCAUCUGUGUUCACCUGUAUAAUGUUGACAUGAGGGCAGUGUGCAUUGUUUUGGCUACUUUCACGUUCCAAUGUUGUGAUCGUUGCUAAAUCCUUGUCAUUUGUUGCUACAUCUUUGAUUGCAUUUGAAAUGUGAAGCCUUGUGAAUUUCAAUAUGUUUCACAGGGUAUGAAAGUGGUGUUAGGUCUUAACUUAAAAAUAAGAUAGAAACAGGCUGUUCCGAGCGAUUUCAUUUCAGCGGGGACAGAGCAAAAAUGUCGCAGAAACAUUUGCGCCAAAAAAGGACAUGAAAGCACAUUUGAAAAUAAAAGUUACUCAUUCUUUCUCCACUGAAAACGUACAUUUAUCUGAAAUAAUUACGUAUAAAGGUUUCUGUAUAAUAGAUGUUUAAAUAUGUCUGUAUCAGUGCAUGUU